CGUCUUAUCACUUAUAACCCAGCAUGGCUACCAAUCCCACCUUCAAACAAUACUAUCUUCCCGAGAAGAAGGGCUUCGCUAGCCUCGUGGUGCGUGAAGUGCCUAAAACAUUCCCAAAGUUCGGUCAGAUUCUCGUCCGCAUCAAGGCCGUAUCCCUGAAUUGGCGCGAUGCAAUUAUUGCCAUGGGGACCUAUCCCUUUCCCGGACCCGAUGCUCUUGUGCCUGGAAGCGACGGCGCAGGUAUCAUCGAGGCAAUUGGCGAAGGCGUCACACAAUGGAACGUGGGCGACCGCGUCCUGGCCAACUUCACGCAGGACCACCACGCCGGGCGACUGACCAAGGCAGGCCUCCUCUCGCAGCUCGGGGGUGAGAUCCAAGGCCUGCUCGGCGAGUACUUCAUCUUCCCUGCGCUAGGGGUGGUCCGGAUCCCGGACUACCUGAGCUUCGAGGAGGCGUCGUGCCUGCCCUGCGCCGCGCUGACGGCCUGGAACGCGCUGUACGGGCUGGUGCCCCUCCGCGCAGGCCAGACUGUCCUUCUACAAGGCACAGGAGGGGUGGCCACCUUCGGCCUGCAGAUCGCGCAUGCAGCGGGCGCCACCACGAUCGUCACCUCUUCGUCGGAGGAGAAACUGGCCAAGGCCCGGGCCCUCGGCGCGACGCAUCUCAUCAACUACCGGACGCACCCCGACUGGGCGGCUGAGGUCAUGCGGCUCACGCGUGGGAACGGGGUCGACCAUCUUAUUGAGGUCGGCGGCACCCUAACCCUGCAGCAGUCAUUCGACGCGAUCGCGCUCCACGGGCUGAUUCACUGCAUCGGACACAUUACCAACCCCGAUCCCCUGGGCAAGGGCAAGGAGCUCCGCGGUCCGGAUGCAGCGUUCCUGGCGCUGGAUCGGGUCUGCAUCGUGCGGGGCGUGGUGGUGGGAUCGCGCGAACAGCUGCAGGAGAUGCUCGCGUGCUUCGAGGCGCAUGCGAUCCGGCCGGUCAUUGACCGGGUGUUUGGGUUCGAGCAGGCCAGGGUGGCCUAUGAGUAUCUGUGGAAUUCAAGCCAUACGGGGAAAGUGGUGAUUCGUGUGCCGUGACAUAGAUCGUCG